AUGCGCUCCCCCAGCAAAUCUGCCCACCAGGCCUCGCUGUCCCUCCAAACCGUCAUCGGCACAACCACUACGACCCCGAACGGCUUCUCCAGUCAUGACCAGAGUAGAAGCUUCGCCCUGUGCGCGGGAUCGGCCGCCGUGCUGGCCGAGCUGGACGAUGAUGGGAAUAUCAGCCAGCGCUUCUUUCGAGCUCGUCCGUCUGCAACUAGCGUGAACCCGACGACCUCCUUUUACAACCCGUCCACUCCUCCCGCGACACCAGACUCCAAAUCGCGAUCUCUCGCCCAUAUCCGCUCCAAUCCACACCUCAAUCUACACAAUGCGUCGCCGUCGAACGAAGUUACUGACUAUAGCAGCCCGCGCACGUGGUCCUCGCGAGAACGGGUCAAAGCGGUUACCAGCGUUUCUAUCAGUCCCAAUGGAAGAUUCCUGGCAGUGGGCGAGACUGGUUACAACCCCCGAGUUCUUCUCUUCUCCACAGCAAGAGACGCCCUGCCGGAUGUGCCUUUAUCAAUCUUAAUGGAGCAUACAUUUGGCGUGCGCAGCCUAGCGUUCAGCCCGGACUCGCAGUACUUGGCGACGCUCGGAAACCCGAAUGAUGGAUUUUUGUUUAUCUGGACAAUCAACCUGAAGAACGGGUCGGCCAAGCUCCACUCUGCCAACAAGUGUACCUCGUUUGUUCGGGACAUGUGCUGGGUGGGACAGUCGUUGGUUACAACUGGCGUGCGGCACGUCAAGGUCUGGAGGCUCCCUGCAGCGCGGCCUAUCUCCCCUACAAAAUCACGGUUGAACUCUGAUGGAGCCGGCCCGUCACCAAACCCAGCUCCGAAGGCGCUUUCGGGUCGAAAUUGCUUGCUAGGUGCACUGGGAGACCACACGUUCAGCAGUGUUAGCAGCAUUUCCGACCAAGAGGCCGUUCUUGCCACGGAGUCUGGCGCAGUAUGCUUGCUUGAUGACAGAGAAGGAUCCCAGAAGUUAUCCAUGGUAAAACAGGUUGGCUUCGGCAUCACUUCUCUCGCCGUCGAUUUUGAUCAGGAAUGCAUUUGGCUCGGUGGCCGCGCCAGAUGGACACAGCGAUUAUCCUUCGAAGACUUUCGGUCGUCUACUGCAUCUACACCUGCGUCUCCUGUCCGUCUUAAAAGGGCCAUGUCUGAUGGGGGGACUAAAGGCCCUGCAAUUACCUGCAUGGGCUCUCUAUCCUCACACCUCGUCACUGUUGAGGCGACUCGCGAAGUCCAUGUCUAUCCUAUGGAGGAAUUGGUGGAGGACGGUGAGCAAGAGCCGGGGGAAACGUCAAUGCUAGCCCACAGAGACCCGGUCUUUGGCAUUCAGGCCCUGAAACUUCCUAAUGAGUUUUCUGCCAAAUUCUUCACCUGGUCGCGCAGUAGUUCUGUGAAUUUCUGGGAUGCUCAGGGAAAGUGUCUGGCUUCGAAAAAUAUCCACCUUGAACAGCUCUCUGCAUAUAAUGAAGACGAUGUUGCAAAUGAGCUCAAAGUCUUGCGAGCAGCCGACAACGCGGAAUGGUUUGUCUCGGGGGAUAAGUUUGGAGUUCUUAGAGUCCUCUCGGGCAAGGACUGGAGCUGCACCAGUGAAGUCCGCGCUCAUGGCGCAGAGAUCACGGACAUUGCUUUGCAGCCAACAGACGACGGUUGCCUGGUUGCCAGUUCCGGCCGUGAUCGAAUGGUGCAAUUGUUCCGAAAGACCGAAUCGACAUUCCGGCUGAUCCAGACGAUGGAUGACCACGUUGGCGCCGUUAGUCAGAUCGCUUUCGGAAACGACGGCGAGAAACUCCUUUCGUCCUCUUCAGAUCGCACAGUCCUAAUCCGAGAUCGCGCGACUCGAGAAGAGGACGGUAUUACUUCCGUUGCCUACCUUAUUACGAAGGUCAUCACGCUGAAAGCAUCCCCUGUCUCUAUGACAAUUAGCCCUGACGAUUCAAACCUGCUUUAUCUGUCCACUGUCGACCGAUUCAUCUCAAAAUUCGAUAUACCAUCUGGACGGCAACUUCAUUCUUUCCGAGCAGCUGACUCGGAAGUAGGCGAUGCGGUCGUCAUGUCUUCUCUGACUGUUGCACCUGGGAUUCCCGGGCAUAGCCCUAAGAUUCUCAUCGGGAUGUCGAGCACUGACAAAUCCAUACGCGUUUAUGAUCUUGAACGAGAUCACCUUCUCGCCGGUGAAUUCGGCCAUACCGAAGGCGUCAGCGACGUAUUGCUUCUAGAGGACUACGAGACUUCCUCGGAGAAACCUUUCGUCAAGAGGACAUUGAUCAGUGCUGGCAUGGAUGGUAUCGUUAUGAUGUGGAACCUUUCCGUGCAACCACAACCAGUGCCGGAGGUCAAUAAUACCCGGGAUGAUGAUGAAAGCCCCGUCAAGGAGCUGACGGCGGCCAGACCCCCUCUGCGCAAAGUUCUUUCUCGCAGUGAAAUCGCCGGCUUCCAACGCGCAGACAGCCCGGUGGGAACGCCGACCCCGGUUCGCGAACAUUCGCCAUCGAUACUCCGGAAAAUGUCGAAGCUAUCACUGGCACCAUCGUCACUGAAGAAUAACUCUGUCUCGGAAACGCCCUCUCCCUCCAUUCGCAGGUCACCCAUUUCAUACUCUCAAACAGACCGAACUCGCAGAUCCCCGUCUCCCGUGAGCCCCAAGUCGAAAACCUCGACCUCCAAAACACCAUACAGCGCCAAGGGCCCCAAUCGCCGCACAUCUCUCGAGUUCCGCUCACGCAGCAAAGCAAACAAUCGCAGUGAAUUCGGCAGUCUAGACAUGUCAACGGAGCAAGUAUGCCGCACGCUACGAGCAUACAGAAAAAAGCUCAACGGAUCCACAACGCGGAUCCAGGCUCAAAAGGAACUGGAGCGAGAGCUCAAUCUCACUCUACGUGUCAUGAGUUCGCGUGCACAACAGGGUAGCGACGAGAGCGCCGAGACAGAAACAGAUAGCAGUGGGAAAGACAUGGAUCGCAAGGCGAGCUGCUCGUCUGUUUCGUCGCGGUCGCCGCAUCUGCCGAGACAUAUGCCUUCUACACCACUUUUGCGGCAUAAGGGGGCGAGACAGGUAUCCAGGAGUCGGUCUUACUCCGUGACUGAUGAAUAA